CAGGUGAGCAAUUUGUCAUGUGACAUGGGCCGCUGAGGGUAUGGCGGAGGCGACGGCGGAGACGCUCAGGAUGGAGACAGGAGCCGAGGUCAGUGCCAGUGCUACCGCCGCGGAGCAGCCUUCGGAGGCGAGCGUAAAGAAGCCGGCCACGGGCGGGGACGGCGGUGUGGAGACAGCGGAGGAGGCGACGGAGCCCGCGGAGCCCGACAUCCAGCUGCUGUGCCGGGACAUGUUUGACAAGAUGGGCGUGUUCCUGCACGGGGAGCUCACAGCCACCUGCGAGGACUACAAACUGCUGGAGAACAUGAACAAGCUGACGAGCCUCAAGUACCUGGAGAUGAGGGACAUCUCCCUGAACAUCAGCCGCAACCUCAAGGACUUGAACCUCAAGUAUGCGGGGCUCCAGCCAUACUUGGACCAGAUCAACCAGAUUGAAGAGCAGGUGACGGCGCUGGAGCAGGCGGCCUACAAACUGGACACGUACUCCAAGCGGCUAGAAGCCAAAUUUAAGAAGCUUGAAAAGCGCUGAGCUGGCGACGUCACCCAGCACCCGCCACAUGUCCCCAGGUGCCCUUCAUGGUGCCCACAUGUGGAGGAUGGACCUUUUUUGUAAAUAACUGAAUGUUGUACUUUGUUUUGUCACAAAUAAAGACACCCAAAGGCCA